UUGCCAGGGGAAAACAGUGCUGAAGCUCCCAGCGCGAGGAUAAAUGGAUCCGGCCUGCAGGAGGCGGGUGAAUCCCGGCCCUCCUUGCCCCUUCGCUGCCUGGCAAGCAGGCCGCCCCCCCGCCUUCCAGGGACAGGGGGCUGUUUUUUGUCAGGUGAAUGGCGUCAACCUCCGGAAUGCAACGCAUGAGCAAGCAGCAGCGGCCCUGAAGAGGGCUGGGCAGACUGUCACUAUCGUAGCCCAGUACAGGCCCGAAGAGUACAGCCGCUUUGAGUCUAAGAUCCAUGACCUCAGAGAGCAGAUGAUGAAUAGCAGCAUGAGUUCAGGGUCUGGUUCACUUCGAACAAGCGAGAAGCGGUCCCUCUAUGUCCGGGCCCUCUUUGACUAUGACCGAACUCGGGACAGCUGCUUGCCCAGUCAGGGACUCAGUUUUUCUUACGGGGACAUUCUGCACGUCAUCAAUGCCUCCGAUGACGAGUGGUGGCAGGCGAGGCUAGUGACCCCUCAUGGCGAGAGCGAGCAGAUUGGAGUCAUACCCAGCAAGAAGAGAGUGGAAAAAAAGGAAAGGGCGCGCUUGAAAACGGUGAAGUUCCAUGCUCGAACAGGGAUGAUAGAAUCCAACCGGUUGAUCAAAACGAAACGUAAAAAGAGUUUCCGCCUCUCUCGAAAAUUCCCCUUUUACAAGAGCAAAGAGAACUUGGCCCAGGAAAGCAGCGGACAGGAACAGGGUGUGACGUCAAACACCAGUGACAGUGAAAGCAGUUCCAAAGGACAAGAGGACACAAUUCUGUCAUAUGAACCUGUGACACGGCAAGAAAUUCACUACUCCAGGCCAGUGAUUGUUUUGGGGCCCAUGAAAGACCGAGUCAACGAUGACCUCAUCUCAGAAUUUCCACACAAGUUUGGGUCCUGUGUGCCUCACACUACCAGGCCACGGCGUGAAAAUGAAGUUGAUGGACAAGAUUACCACUUUGUGGUAUCACGGGAGCAGAUGGAGAAGGACAUUCAGGACAGCAAAUUUAUCGAAGCUGGCCAGUUCAACGACAAUCUCUAUGGGACCAGUGUUCAGUCUGUGCGGGCAGUGGCCGAGAGGGGGAAGCACUGUAUCCUCGAUGUGUCAGGCAAUGCUAUCAAAAGAUUGCAGCAAGCACAACUGUACCCGAUUGCGAUUUUCAUCAAGCCCAAGUCCAUCGAAGCACUCAUGGAGAUGAAUCGGAGGCAAACGUAUGAACAAGCCAAUAAGGUCUUUGACAAAGCCAUGAAACUGGAGCAGGAGUUUGGAGAGUACUUUACGGCCAUUGUCCAAGGAGACUCCCUGGAAGAGAUUUACAGUAAAAUCAAACAGAUAAUAGAGGACCAAUCCGGGCAUUAUAUCUGGAUCCCAUCCUCUGAGAAACUGUGAUGUCCCCUCCCUCCCUUCAAUCAACCUAUUAGAAGAUCAGCGACCCUUCCCCAGUCCUCUGCCCCAAGAGGGGGAGUGAGAAGACCAUCCCUGUCCCUUUUCUAGAUGGUUGACAAUUGCGUUUUCUAGUCCUGUUUUUCUUUUUCUUGGGAUGGACCAGUCUCCUUCAUCAAGUGACUGUCCCCACCAUUCCUGCAUGGACUUUCCUGCUGCUCCCUUAGAAAUGGAGACAAACCCUAUUUGAGAGUUUUGUGUGUUUUUAAUUAAAAAAAAAAUACAUCAAUUGUUAAAGUCAAAAAACAAGGCAGGAGGUGGCAGAUGACAACUAGCCUCAAGAGCCACUGAUGCAACAGACUUGGACAGUUCUUGCCCCUCUUAAAUAUAAUGGAGACCGGCAGCCUGGGGCAACUUUACCAAGAAGAAAAGGCAACAGAAUGCUUUUAUUUAUCUAGAUAUGUAAUUAUAUAUAUAAUAUAUGCUCUAUAUAUUAUAUAUAUAUGGACUAGAGAACACGAGGGGGCUGCUGAAAAAGAAUUGCCGCCUUGCCUCAGCCAUUGGGACAGAAACUGCUGUGGUUGGAGGUGAAAUUAAUGGUACUAAGGGUUUUGGGGUGCUGUUCCGUGGUUUUUCCAAAGCCAAUUCACGCAGAAGGCUGCAUUUGGAAAAAGAGAAGCCAGCACUGUGAUUAUGGAGCAAAUGAGGGCCCAGAACCACAUAACAAGUUACAACAUUUGAGCACGCAAAAGCAAAUGGAUAAUGCUACAUAUUAACUGCACAUUGUUUUAUGUCACCUGAUGUGUUUGCAUGAGAGGUUUUUUUAAGCUGCUGUUAAACCAAAAUCAUGUUUGUGUUGGUGUGUUGGCUUUUCAUUAUUCCAGGCUUUUGAUUUUAAUAAUGAACUGAACGGGUAUACAAUCCAGUUUUUUAACUUAUUUUUUAAGAUUGUUCCAUUGUAAAUAGUUUCCAGACCCAACCUACAGACGAUGUGGAAUGAGCACAGCAGCUGUUCUGUGUUGCAGUCAGGUCACUUGUAGAGACUGAACUCCACCCCACUGACUUGUUCUGAUGGAAGAACAUUGAGUUCCAUGCAGUGAGAAGUUGGAAGCAGCAGCAGAUGGGAAGAGAAGCUUGUGCCUUGGAGGGUCACUGUUUCAACCAUACAGUGGAAAAUGUACGAGAGACUAAUCUGAGAAGUUCUUAUUCUAGCAGAAUUGUGCCAAAUUCUGGUUCCAACACUUGAAGCCCUUCCUGACCAAGCUAAUCCUCAGAGGCUCCGUGGAGAAUAGCACCAUCCGUCUUAUUUUGUGUUUUUACAUAAUCCUUGUGGCAGAGAUGGACCCAGCCAUUCCUUGCUGCCAACAUCUGCUUGCAAUUCUUCAGGAUAGCAAAGGGCAAGUGCAAUUUAGAAUGCGCUCUCUGUGUGGCACAGACUGUUAGUCUUCCGUGGACUGCGGCCAGCUGCUAAUGGGAGCCUUGAUACGUGGUCAUGUCAAUGUGUAACUGUAGGUGCAGAAAGAUUUUUUUAUUACUGAACAAGAGAAUAAGUUGGAUCAGUGAGAGUUCUGGGUGGAGUUUUCAAGCAUUCCUAAAUUGAUUCAAACCCUUGCCUGUGGGCCAAAGGGGAAGGUUCGCCCACUUUCUUCAUCUUGCCCCACUCUCAAGUUUGAAACAGAUGAUCGUACACAUCUUGUUUCCAUGGAGUGAGUGCCAUGGCUGCUAUGGCAGGAGAUCCGAGUUGUCCUAGUCCUAAUCCAGUGAGUAGGACGAGGCCUCAGCUCGUAGCAGGUUGAUGCUGUCCGCUCCAUAGCUGGUAGGUAGCUGUAUCAUUCAUUGUGUGAUUUGUGCACGGCCUUCAUUAUUAAACAUGGGUGAAAACUCUCAUCUUGUGGAGAUUCAUUCUGGUAAGCGAGAAGCCAUUUCCACAUCAGCUGGUGUUGCAAGAAACUUCAAGUGGAACUUUGGAAGUCCUAGAGCUGUUGUCCACUGGUAGGACGGUGAAGAGUAAAGAGGAGGAAGCUGUUCACACGUGUGAGUCCCUGGUGGAAGGAACUUGGGUGAGAGGCUGCCACCUGCUUCCUCUGCUCAGCUUGUGUUGCAAGGCAUGUUCGUGAGAGCCGGACUAUGCAUAAUAGAAACAGCCUUUGAGGUGGCUGGUCUCCAGGCGCCUAUUACGUUUCUUUUGUAAUAGCCUGUCACCUUGUCUUCUAGGCGCAUGGAGGAAAGGCCUGUGUACUCCAUGGCAUAGCUGGACGUAUCAAUCAUGACACUAGUUGGUUUACCAGUGUUUCUUCCAAGGAGACAUAUAUUUUUAAUAAAUGAACAUUGCAAUGAA